AGCAAUGUUUUACUUUGCAUGGACGGAUAGCCCGAAGGCUGAUCUGCCGCCGGGUGUCCGUGCAGAGGAAUUUGUCCAGCAGAAAGGCCGUUCUGCCAUUGGGUGUCAGUGCAGAGGAAUUCCUCCAGCAGAAAUCCGAUCUGCCGCCGGGUGUCCGUGCAGCGGUAUUCGUCCAGCAGAAAGGCCGUUCUGCCACCGGGUGUCUGUGCAGUGGAAUUCCUCCAGCAGAAAGGCCGAUUUGAAAAAAGAAAAAGAAAAAAUAGAAAGGCCGAUCUGCCAUUGGGUGUCAGUGCAGAGGAAUUUGUCCAGUAGAAAGGCCGAUUGGCGCCGGGUGUGCGAGCAGCAUUAUUCAUCCAGCAGAAAAGCUGAUCUGCCGCCAGAUGUGCGUGCAGCGUUACUCAUCCAGCAGAAAGGCCGAUCUGCCGUUGGGUGUCAGUGCAGAGGAAUUCCUCCAGCAGAAAUCCGAUCUGCCGCCGGGUGUCCGCGCAGCGGUAUUCGUCCAGCGGAAAGGCCGAUCUGCUGUUGGGUGUCAGUACAGAGGAAUUCCUCCAGCACAAAGGCCGAUCUGCCGCUGCAUGUGCGUGCAGCGUUAUUCGUCCAGCAGUCCGUGCAGCGGUAUUCGUCCAACAGAAAGGCCGAUCUGCCACCUGGUGUCUGUGCAGAGGAAUUUGUCCAGCAGAACGGCCCACGUUCCGCCCGGUGUCCGUGCAGCGGUAUUGGGAUGUCCGUGCAGCGGUAUUGGGGUGUCCGUGCAGCGGUAUUGGGAUGUCCGUGCAGCGGUAUUGGGGUGUCCGUGCAGCGGUAUUGGGAUGUCCGUGCAGCGGUAUUCGGAUGUCCUGCAGCGGUAUUGGGUUGUCCGUGCAGCGGUAUUGGGAUGUCCGUGCAGCGGCAUUCGUAUCGCAGAAAGGUCGAUCUGCCACAGGGUGUCAGUGCAGAGGAAUUGGUCCAGUAUGAAGGCUGAUAUACCCCCGGGUGUCGGUGCACUGGGGGCGGGGAGGGUCGGGUCUUACUGUGUAUUGAAUGACUCGAUGGAGUGUUUAGUUGAAAUUUAGGGCUCGAACACGAUUAAGUAAUUGGUUUAGGCACCCGCCCCCUCCCCCCCGGGAGAGCAUAAAUAUCCAGGCUGCAGGCAGCACCCAAGGCUUUGCCUCUGCAUCAGCUCCAGGCUCAUGUCCUCCUGCCCCAAGAUCUCUGCGAUGGAGCCGCACUUUCUCCUGGACCACGACGUGCUGCGGCAGGCUUGGGAUUCCGCAGACCGGGCUCCAGAGCGCCAUCCUCCGUGGUCCCCGAUCUCCCCAGACCCGCUACCUCCUGUCCUCGUGCCGCUGGCAGAGUCCUCAAGCCACCACAGCGAUGACCACCAGCCACUGCUCUCCAGUCCUUGUUGGCAGCUGCCCUCGGUCCUCCUGCGAUACCGAGCACUCUUAGCUGAGGCCCAGAGCCCCUCGGAAGAGAGCCCGGUGCAGCCCGGUGCAGGCCUCUUGCCAGGAUUCGUGCCGAUGCCAGGAGUACCCGCAGGAGCGCCUGAGCCCACAGAGCACACGUUGGGGCAGCUUCCGGUGGCCCUGCGGCCCAACGCCCAUGCUGGAGAGGGACCAGUGGACACGGAGGCCUGGGACCACUUGCAGCCUUCAGUGUGCAGCCCAGCUCCGGGCCCCACCGGCUGGCGCCUGCACCUGCUCUGCUCGGGCUGCCUGCAGUGCAUCCUUCGUGCUCUCUCCUCUUUGAGCCGCUGGGCUGCUGACCGCUGGGCGACAGUCCUGGACACUUAGGAGCCCGAGGCGGUGGCAGGAGGGCGCCGACUGUGGACAUGAGUCCUGAAUCAAAUGGAAGUCUCUUUUAAUAUUAAAUAUUUUGUCCAGACCACGGAGUUCUGCUUAAUUUAUAUAAGUACUCAGUCUUUUUAG